AUGUUCACCGUGGUGGUGGAAUUGGAGCGGCGCAGAGAAGCAGGGGAAGACGGGAGCGACUCUGCUGACCCCAGCCCUGCCCACAGGAACAAUGCAUCACCUUCGACAGAGUCCUGGGCUCCGAGGCUGCUCAGUGUCUCUUUGCAGGAGGCAGAGCUGGAGCUGCUAGCACAAGUCCAGCCCGCCCUGGGCUCUGUGGGCCGAGGAUACAGCGUGGCCCUGCUGCUUCGGGGUCGAGAAAGAGAGGCGCCCCACCUCGUGCCUCGGCUGCUGCAGAUGCUGUUUGAGGAAGCUCUGCCUCCUGGGGGCUCUGAUCCGGUGUUUAGCACUCUUAGCCUGGUGCAGCUCAGCCCCAGUGGGAGGACGCGGGACCUGCUGUCUUCAAGGGCAGAGGAACUGUCAGUGCUGGAAGUGGCCCCUCUAGGCUUGGUGGUGGAAAAUGCCACUGAAAUGGAGGUGUCCGACUCAAGAGCUGCCUCAGAACUGUACUUGCAGGCCACAGCGGGUGAAGGCAGAGACUGCCCCCUGCUGCAGGUGUUGGCUGGUAAGGCUGCUGAUGAGCAGGUGGAGGGCUCUCUGCCCUGGAUUGUCUCCUGGCUCCUGGAAGGAAACAACUACAAUGGCAUUCUUCUUCGCCUAGACCCUCAAGGCAGCUCCCUGAGCUUGCUCCAGGCUGCUCUGCUGGGGGCCGCGGGAAGGAGGAUGCGGGUAAGACAGGUGAAGCCCAUCCUGUGGGAUGCAGCAGAAGAGGCCCGAGCCCGCAGGGCUGGCCUGAAAAGCCUGCGUUCAGGCCUCCUUGGGGCCCCGCUGGCAGACAGUGGGCUCAGCCAGCUGGGCAGGGCACUGCGGGAGUUGCAGGUGGUGAAAUCCUGGAGCCAGCACCCAGGCAGCCGCUUGCCCAAGGGGGUCAGAGCUGAGGUGCAACCAGAACCACAGGACAAUGCUACAAACAGCUUAGCCACAGGGCCAGUGGCAGGAAGAGCAGCAUCUCUAGGACCUGGGCUCCACCAAAAGCAUCCUCUCAGGGACUCUGAGGAGCAGGCCCGACAGGCCCCAGAUGUGGCCCUGCAGUUCCUCCUGGCCCAGGCCCGGAGGAAGAGACUGCGAGAACAACACCAACUUUGGAUCCAAGAGGAACUGAAGCAUUUGGAUCAGGAGGAGGCAGGUGACGAGGUCAAAGGCCUGGUGGCAGGAGAAGAGGCCUCCACGGCGAGCCAGAGGUGGCACCGGGAGCAGGCAGCGCUGAGACUCCAGCUGGAGGCUCUUCAGGCAGAGCGGGACACUGCGGAGCAGGACCUGGUAGCCCUCUAUGACCUGCACGUGCAGGCCACUCGAGCUCAGACUUGCCAUCUGUUACAGGUGUUCCGAGCCUGGCGGGGGCUGUGGGAGGAACAGACCAAGACCACAGAGCAGCAGCACCGCCACCUGCUGGCUGGCAUUCUGCAAGACACCAUCAACCUGGCCGCUCAGAACCAGGAGCUCCAAGCCCAGAACCGGCAGCUGCGGGAGGUUGCAGACUAG